CCACGAAUAGGACAUCACUAAAGCGCAGUCCCUCUCUCCAGCGGCGAGACUGAAGGAAUCAGAGAAACCACGUAGCACCAGAGAGAGCACCGUCCACCGGCUCAUCUCAGUAUGUGGCAGAGAACUACGUGGUGCUGAAGGAAGACGACAAAACAGACGGAGGUCGAAAAAGCUCAGGGUCGCCAAAUUGCCCGUUCCUGGACAUAUUCAACGGGAGGCUCUUCAUAUUUAUGAUCCCCGGUUGUACACAUCUUGGAACUGCGCAAGGCUACCUCCAACCCUGAGAGGUGAAGUGUCAGGUUCGACGUAGAAGUGAAGCCCCGAUGGCUCCAGAAUCCUGUGAGUCACUUUGGUGAGCGUGGGGCUGUUAGAGGGCAGAAGACAUGUUGGGACAGAGGGCUGGGCACCGCAUUGAAGCUUGCUGUAGUAACCAUGGAAACGGUGUGGAGGAGUCUGGCCUUCGUUGGUAUCAUCGCCAUGGUUGCCAGUGGAGUGCCAGAGAGUUGGAGUCCUGAGGAGUUUGCUCAGUCUCAAGCUGAGUUUCUGUCCAGCUUGGACCAGUAUGAGAUCGCCAUCCCAGUGCGUGUGGGGCCACAUGGGGAAACGCUAUCAGAAGAGGAGAUCUCUCACAGGAAUGGCCGACACCGGCGUAGCACGGAAACGCAGAGCGUUCCAGAACCACAGCUGUACUAUCAACUCUCCACAUCGAGCACUGACCUUUUGCUCAACCUCACACUGCAGGGAGGACUGCUCUCGCGACAGUUCCGUGUGGAAUACUGGAAGAGGGGGCGCUUGGCUUGGAGUCACCCAUACUUGCCCAGUUGCCACUAUGUGGGUCACCUGCAGCACCAGCCUCACUCUAGUUCUGUGGCUGUUAGCAACUGUAAUGGCCUGCAAGGGGUCAUUGUGGCUGGAGGUGAGGAGUACAUUAUCGAACCCUUGGUUUCUGUUAAAAACUUCACCAGUGAGGAUGGCAGAGAAGGGCACCCCCAUGUGGUGUACAAACGGUCAUCUCUAAGAUACCAAAACAUGGACCAGUCCUGUGGAGUAAUUGAUGAGAAGCCUGGUAAGAGCUAUGGAUGGUGGCAGAGAACAAUAAAGCCCUCACCCAACCAGAUGGGACGGGGCCAGUUACCACUGAAGCGUUCUGUCAGCCAAGAACGCUACGUUGAAACCCUGGUGGUGGCCGACAAGAUGAUGGUCAGCUAUCACGGCCGUCGCGAUAUCGAGCAGUACAUUCUGGCUGUCAUGAAUAUUGUUGCCAAACUGUUCCAGGAUUCUAGCCUGGGGAAUGCAGUGAACAUCGUUGUGACGAGGCUUAUUCUACUGAUGGAAGACCAGCCCACACUAGAGGUAAACCAUCAUGCAGGGAAGUCUUUAGACAGUUUCUGCAAGUGGCAAAAGUCCAUCCUCCACCGGAACGGACAUGGGAAUGCCAUCCCUGACAAUGGAAUCGCUCACCAUGACACAGCAGUCCUCAUCACCAGGUAUGAUAUCUGCAUCUACAAGAACAAACCAUGUGGAACACUUGGAUUGGCACCUGUUGGUGGUAUGUGUGAGCCAGAGAGAAGCUGUAGCAUCAAUGAAGACAUUGGUCUGGCCACUGCUUUCACCAUUGCACAUGAAAUAGGACACACGUUUGGGAUGAAUCAUGAUGGUGUUGGCAAUGCAUGUGGGGUGCGCAGUCAGGAGACUGCUAAACUCAUGGCUGCCCACAUCACCAUGAAGACUAACCCCUUCGUCUGGUCUGCCUGCAGCCGCGAUUACAUCACCAGCUUCCUUGACUCUGGCAUGGGUUCCUGUCUGAACAAUGUUCCCCCCAAGCAGGAUUUUGUUUACCCCACCACAGCCCCUGGUCAAGCCUAUGAUGCAGAUGAGCAGUGCCGCUUUCAGUAUGGAGUGAAGUCUCGUCAGUGUAAAUACGGGGAAGUGUGCAGUGAGCUUUGGUGCAUGAGUAAAGGGAAUCGCUGCAUCACCAGUAGUAUCCCAGCAGCCGAGGGCACCAUCUGUCAGACCAGCACCAUCGAAAAAGGGUGGUGCUACAAAAGAGUGUGUGUGCCAUAUGGAACACGUCCGGAGGGGGUAGAUGGUGGGUGGGGCCACUGGUCGCCAUGGGAGGAGUGUAGUCGCACCUGUGGGGGCGGAGUCGCAUCCUCUAUUCGCCAUUGUGACAGCCCCAGGCCAACAGUUGGAGGAAAAUAUUGUCUGGGAGAGAGGAAGCGUUUCAGAUCCUGCAACAUUGAUGAGUGCCCAUCCGGAUCUCAGGAUUUUCGACAGAUUCAGUGCUCGGAUUUUGACAGUGUUCCCUUCCGGGGGAAAUUCUACACCUGGAAGCCAUACAGGGGCGGUGGAGUGAAGUCAUGUUCUCUGAACUGCCUGGCAGAGGGCUAUAACUUCUACACUGAGCGCGCUCCAGCUGUGGUGGAUGGCACACCUUGCAGGGAUGACUCUCUGGACGUUUGUGUUAAUGGCGAGUGUAAGCAUGUGGGCUGUGACCGGAUCCUUGGCUCGGAUGUUCGGGAAGAUCGCUGUCGCAUUUGUGGAGGAGAUGGGAGCAGCUGCCAGGUCAUCGAGGGGGUCUUCAAUGACUCCCUGUCUGAAGGAGGUUAUGAGGAGGUGGUCAGGAUCCCCAAAGGAUCUGUAUUCAUACACAUCCAAGAGCUCAAUGUCUCUCAAAAUUACUUGGUGUUGAAGAGCAAAGGGGAUCAGUACUUCAUCAACAGCAAGCUGACCAUCGACACGCCAAGACGCUUUGAAAUUGCGGGAACCACCUUCCACUACCGCCGACCUGCCAAUGAACCGGAGACCCUGGAAGCACUUGGACCCACCAACAUGACCCUGAUCGUCAUGGUGUUGGUCCGUGAGGAAAAUCCUGGGAUACAUUACCGUUUUAACCCACCUGUCAACAGAGAUCCCCUGAGCAGUUACGCCUGGCAUUAUACAUCCUGGUCCCGCUGCUCUGCGCUGUGUGCAGGAGGGGUGCAAGUCCAGCAGGUAGUGUGCAAGAAACAAGCCGAUCUCUCUGUGGUGUACAACCACUUCUGCGACAAGAAAAACAAGCCUAAAGACAAGAAAAGACCCUGCAACUUGGAGCCCUGCCCUCCAACGUGGUUGACAGGAGACUGGUCAGAUUGCAGUCGGAGCUGUAACGGAGGAGUGCGGACGCGGGAAGUGCUGUGUAAAAGAAAGAGCUCGGUAACAGAGGAGAAAGUCCUGGAUGACGUGGUCUGCACCCCGCCACAGCCUUCCAUCACUGAAUCAUGCAACAACCACACCUGCCCACCAGAAUGGCAUGCCCUGGACUGGUCUGAGUGUACUCCUAUCUGUGGUCCAGGUUUCAGGUACAGAGAGAUUUUGUGCAGAAGUGGAGAGAACGGUGAAACGUUGCCAGAGUCAGAGUGCUUGAAACAAAGCCGCCCGACCACCAGGGUGCGCUGCAACAUAAACCGUUGUCCACCACCUCGGUGGGUUACAGGACCCUGGGGAGAGUGUUCGGCUAUGUGCGGUAUGGGUCAAGAGAUUCGUUCCGUACAGUGUCUGUCAUACACUGGCCAGCCAUCUAACGAGUGCCCUGAGACACUUCGUCCCACCUCCAUGCAGCAGUGCAAGAGCAAGUGUGAUGAUAAUGGCCCUACAGAGAACCCUGAAGAGUGUAAAGAUGUGAACACAGUGGCAUACUGCCCCCUGGUGCUCAGGUUCAAAUUUUGCAACCGUGCAUACUUCAGACAGAUGUGCUGCAAAACCUGCCAAGGACAAUGACCUCCCUCUCACUCUCUUUCACUCUCUCUCUCUCUCUCUCUCUCAUUCUCUAUGACUCUCUCUCUUGCCCUGAUUUUCUUCCCUCUCCACCCUCCCGUCAUCUUGCAUGGCCAGAAACGCCCAUACUCAGCAUUCCGCUGGAGGAGUGCUGUUAACCACUGGAAGACUGACAUCAUUGUGAGAGAAAGCAUGGGAUGAAAAUGAGAGCGAGAGAGAGACUUGAAAAUAGAGAGAGAAGAGUUGGGAAACUGCCAAUCUCAGCAAAAUCUAAACCUCAGUGAAUAAUAGUUUGUCUGUUAUUGUAAUGUGACAUUCAUAAACCAGUCAUCUUUAUUAUAGGUCUCAAAAGUUCACUCAGUAAUUUUUUGUUGUAGCGCUGGUUGGUUUUGGACUUUGGAUAAACAUUAUUGAGUGCAUCUUUAAAGGGAUAAUUCACCAAAAAAAUUACAUUCUGUUAUUAUUUGCUCACCUUAUGUGUUAAAAAGCUGUAUGACUUUUUCUUUAUUCUCAAGAACAUCAAAGAUUCUCAAGAACAUCAAAGAAGAAAUCUUUGUCCAUACAAUAAAAUGUCUAUUUUUGUUUCAUAAUUGUUUAGAACAACAUGAGAGUGAGUAAAUAAUGCAUAUUUGGGUGAACUAUCCCCUUAAGAGCCUUUUUCACUUCUAGCAAUUUGCAAAGCAACCAACAGUUAACUAUUUUUAUAAGAAUCGGUGAUUUAAACGACAUGAGCGAAGAUGCGGUUUUACCACUGGUCCUAAGAAUUUUCACAGUGAAAUCUAAUAAUUUCUAAGUACUAAUCGAAUAAUAAUUUUCCCUACACAGAUUUGGCAAAGAAUUUCGCAAGUUGCAAAAUCGCUGCGUUGAGCACCAGAAAGCUGUUUGUUUUGAAAGUGACUUCUAUGUAAGCAGUGCACUGUAAAUUACAACACUGCGCUAUACAAUGGACCUUUUGCAAAGAAACAUUUGCCGAAAGUUCACUAAUGUUACUGUACCGAAAUGCUUCAUGGUACAGAUGAUUGCUGCAGUUGAGAGGAACACUGACUAGCAGUGACUUGUUGGCAUUGAACAAUUGAAUCAUUGUCCAUGUGAACUGCUCUUUAGAGAAACUCCAGAUCACUCAGAUAUCUUAAUCUCUCAUUCAGUGUGGUUGUUGCUUAGAUACUGUAUCUUUUAAUCUGACAGCCAUGUGGCUAUUUGCAGUUUUGGUGCUGUGCAAUUUUCUUGCCAUCAAGUACAAUAAUGCUUACAUUAUAUUAAGAUACCGUGCAUCAGUCAAACCUGGAUGAACAAUGAGCUAUUUAGCAAACAAAGGGAAAUAAGUGGUAGGGUCAGUUUAGCUUCUGUGCACAAUGUAAUAGUAGUUAGAGGUCAAUGGAAGCUGUUGUUAAACCCAUGUGGUGGUCAUAUUGUUGUUCGCUGACACUUAGAUAAUGUAAUGUACUUCUAAUGCACCACAAGUCAACAUGCAGCAAUGUUGGUGGCAUUGCAGAAUUGUGACGCAUGUAACCUUAGUUACUGGACAGCUUCUGCUUCAUUUUAUCAGAUGUGGGACAAAAAUUCAUACUCUCCCCUUUGAGACCUUUAAGUAAUAUUUUGGGGGGAGGGAAAAAGUAAAAUGCCAAUAACCUACAUGACCUUAUGCUAUUUUUAUUAAAAAGUACUACAAUUUUAUUCAAAUUCCUCUAAAGUCAUUCAAUAGGUGUACAUGGGUAAAAUACCAGAAUGUAAGUCAUUGUAAUAAUGCAGAAGCAAUGGCAUUUGAAUAUGCAUUUUAAGUGUAAAGGGAAGAAUUAGGGUGGAAGUAAUAUUUUUUUGCGGGUCUGUGUCGCACAAAAAAAUAAAACAUGUUUGGAACUAGCAUAAUAGUGAUUAAAGGAGCCAUUUUUUGAUGAACUCAGUGUUUUCUUAACAUAUUGAUUUGAUUCCCUUUCAGAACCUACAAUUUCCAUUUAACCUUUUUUAACCCAAAUAUCAGCCUUUAGCAUAAAUUUGCCAAAUUAUUAGGGACAGUCAUCGUAAGAGAGCGAUAACAGACCUUUCCCCUGUCCUGGGUUUUGGCAGCAUUCAUCGAAUGUUUGAUUUGAAGGGCAAAUCUUGAAGAGGUGUCCUCUGUUCACGGACUGGUGGCUAAUCCGUGGUGCUACAGUAUGGUGCUAUGUCUUUAUUUGCCAUAAUCUUUGAUUGUUUUGGUAAUACAUUUGCUAAUGGAAAAAAAAGCAAGAUUCUAUGAAAACUAAAAGUAUUGUUCAAGUAUCUUUGCAGAGACACUAGCUUUAAAUCAUUUAUUUGGUACAAUUAUUAUGUGAAAGAUGAAUAUGCUGUUUUGCUUUUUGAUGGUAAGCUUUUAUCUUUAAAUUUUGCAGUGUGUUCCUACAUUUGCAAUAACUGUAGAUUAAUUUUGUAAAUGCAGUCACACUUGUUUAUUUGGACUUUAAUAGUGAUUUUCACAUACUGUGCUGUCAUGUGCUUGUGAUGAUUAUUUCCUCUGAAUUUUACGUAGACCAGUUGAAAUUAAUUUGAAAUACAGAAUAAAAAGAUGCAUUGUGUAGAAAUAAUAUCCAAUGUAUUGUUAUAUCAGCUGUAUACCGUUUAUAUCCAUUUCCUAUUUUAUUAUUUUGUUUUACAAAGACUUGGUAAGAUAUUACAGUUUUUACCACAGUCUUCUGUCACAUAUAAACCUCAGACUUGUUGGCUUGUCAUAUGUGUGUGUUUUCACUGUAUGUCCAUCUGCACUGUACUUUUUUACUUAAUAGAAUAUAAAAAUAAACUUCCUGCAUACUGAUA